UUCGCUCAGAUAGCGGACGUGCCUGAGCGGCGUACAGAGAGACAGGAAAAGGGGGCGGACAGUGUCCCUGAGCCGGCACCUUAUUUAACUCGUUUUAUUUAAUUUUCUUAAGCACAUUUCUGUUUCUGAAGGCGCGGAAAAUGUCGAAGCCUGACACCAAGAAGUUUUUCGAGAAUCUCUCUGGAGCUGGUAAAGCCAUCGCGGUGCUGACAAGCGGAGGGGAUGCUCAAGGUAUGAAUGCAGCCGUAAGGGCUGUCGUGCGAAUGGGAAUCUAUGUCGGAGCCAAAGUCUACUUCAUUCAUGAGGGAUAUCAGGGUAUGGUGGAUGGAGGUGAUAACAUACAAGAGGCCACAUGGGAGAGUGUGUCCAGCAUGCUUCAAGUGGGUGGCACUGUAAUCGGAAGUGCGCGAUGUAAAGAGUUUAGGACACGUGAAGGACGUCUGAAGGCGGCCCAUAACCUUGUGCAGCAUGGCAUCACUAACCUGUGUGUUAUUGGCGGAGACGGCAGUCUGACAGGAGCCAACCUCUUUAGGGAGGAGUGGAGCAGCCUGCUGGCUGAGCUCGUCCAACAGGGUUUAACCGAUGAGGAGGCUGUACAGAAAUAUUCAGCCCUGCACAUUGUGGGAAUGGUGGGAUCCAUCGACAACGACUUCUGUGGCACAGACAUGACAAUCGGCACAGACUCGGCUCUCCACAGAAUCAUCGAAGUGGUGGACGCCAUCAUGACCACUGCACAGAGCCACCAGAGGACGUUUGUUCUGGAGGUGAUGGGACGACACUGUGGCUACCUUGCAUUGGUGAGCGCUUUGGCCUGCGGUGCCGACUGGGUUCUAAUCCCCGAGAUGCCUCCAGAAGACGGCUGGGAGGAGAAGAUGUGUGAGAAACUCUCUGCGAAUCGGGCAGGAAGAAAAAGGCUGAAUAUCAUAAUAAUAGCUGAGGGCGCUAUUGAUCGUAGCAACAUGCCUAUAACCACAGAUCGUGUGAAAGAUCUAGUGGUGCGGUGUCUGGGCUUCGAUACACGUGUGACUAUCCUGGGUCAUGUCCAGAGAGGAGGAACACCAUCAGCCUUCGACAGAAUCCUGGCCAGUCGUAUGGGUGUGGAGGCUGUAUUGGCUCUUCUGGAGACCACAGCUAACACGCCGGCCUGCGUCGUCUCACUGUGUGGGAACCAGGCUGUGAGGCUGCCUCUCAUGGAGUGUGUGCAGAUGACGCAGGAGGUACAAAAGGCCAUGGACGAGAAGAAGUUUGAAGAGGCUGUAAAGCUUCGUGGCAGGAGUUUUGAGAACAACUUAAGGACCUACAAGCUCCUGGCUCACAAACCGGAGUCUGAACUUCCACAUAGCAACUUUAACGUGGCGGUGUUGAAUGUCGGCGCUCCGGCAGCAGGCAUGAAUGCUGCAGUGCGCUCCGCCGUCAGGGUGGGCAUCACAGAGGGGCACAAAAUGUUUGCCAUCAAUGAUGGAUUCGAGGGCUUCUAUAAGGGACAGAUAAAAGAGAUUAAAUGGGGAGAUGUUGGAGGCUGGACAGGCCAGGGAGGAUCUCUGCUAGGAACCAAAAGGACACUCCCCGCGAAGCACGUCGAGAAAAUCGCUGAGCAGAUAAGGAAAUAUAACAUAAACGCACUGCUGGUCAUCGGAGGAUUUGAGGCCUACCUGGGGAUCUCCGAGUUGUUAGCAGCCCGUGGAACAUAUGAGGAGUUUUGUGUACCAAUGGUCAUGGUGCCAUCCACAGUCUCCAACAAUGUGCCAGGUUCAGACCUCAGCAUUGGCGCAGACACCGCACUGAACGCCAUCACUCAUGCGCUUGAGUGCCUGCUGCAGCUUUAUGAGGCUCGCAACAACUAUGAGGAGUUUUGCAUCCCACUGUGUAUGCUGCCUGCUACCAUUAGUAACAAUGUGCCUGGCACUGACCUUAGUAUCGGGGCAGAUACUGCCCUUAAUGCCAUUGUGGAGACAUGUGACCGUAUUAAGCAGUCAGCCAGCGGGACAAAGCGGCGCGUGUUCAUCAUCGAAACCAUGGGAGGGUACUGCGGUUAUCUGGCCAGCGUGGGCGGUCUGGCAGCGGGUGCCGACGCCGCUUACAUUUACGAAGAGCCUUUUGACAUCCGAGAUCUGCAGUCUAACGUGGAGCAUUUAACAGAGAAGAUGAAGACCAGCAUUCAGAGAGGACUUGUUCUCAGGAAUGAGAACUCUAGUGAGAACUACACAACAGAUUUCAUUUAUCAGCUCUACUCAGAAGAGGGCAAAGGCGUCUUCGACUGUAGGAAGAAUGUUCUUGGCCACAUGCAACAGAGAUAUAAAGUCAUUCUCUCUCUCUCAGGGCGGGCUCCAUCACCGUUUGAUCGCAACUUUGGGACUAAAAUUUCAGCCAAGGCCGUGCAGUGGAUCACGAAGAAGCUGAACGAGUGCUACAGGCAGGGGAGAGUGUUUGCUAACACCGAGGACUCUGCCUGUUUGCUGGGGAUGCGCCGCCGUAACCUCGUCUUCCAGCCUGUGGUUCAGCUGAAGGACGAGACGGACUUCGUUCACAGGAUUCCUAAGGAACAGUGGUGGCUCAAGCUUCGUCCCCUGAUGAAGAUCUUGGCCAAGUACAAGACGAGCUACGAUGUGUCUGACUCUGGACAGCUGGAACAUGUCGUGCGCAGCCGAGGCAAGGAGAGCGACGUCACUAGCUCCAUCUGAAGCCAGACAAGCUCGCAGCAGGGCCAGAGGCCGUCUAGUGUGUGCCGAUACAUUCAUCUUAAUUGUGACCCACCUGCUUUUCGUCGUGAUGUUUAACCCCGCUCAUUCCCCCCACCAUCCCUUCCCCAGUUGUGUGUGUCCUUAAUAUGCUAUACGGAGUGUUUCUAGCCAGAGAUCAGUUCUCUGCUUUUUAGUGCGUGUCGAUGAUGUAAUCCACUGUCCACUGUCACUGCCUCAAACGUUCACCUCUGCUGCGUACGCUCACUGUUACGGUUAAAGCCGAGGUGUACUGUAGAUCCACGUGUUAGUAUCCAGAUGCUGUAACUUAUUUAUGAGUCUACUCAGUGCAAUCUACUCGAGCACAGUUUGGUGUGUGAAUGUGUAACUAUCAUGUGCUUCAAAAAUAAAGUACACAUUCACCUGCUUGCUGAA